AUGUCUGAGUCCCUUUCGGCCUCUACAGAUCCAGACCCACCUACCCCUUCGCCGCUCGACCGCUUCAAACGAGCUCGUACGAGCAGCUUCGAUACCGAUCGAUCCAGCCCCGACGUAGAGUCGGCUUCUUCGACGUUCGGUGCAUUGACCCAUCGAGUCGCAGCAUUCGGUGACGAGAGCGACGCGAGUAGCCCCAGUGUGAUCAGCCCCCACAGUAGCAAAAUGCCUUCCCCAAGGCCCAGUGAUGAGAGUGUCGACUCUCUCAUCGGCGAUGCCUUGCAUCUCGACGACGAGCGCCUAUCGCCUACGGCGCUUGUGCGUGAGGUCGAGGCAUGGCGUGUAUCGCGACCACGGGUCGGUGAUACAUGGUACAUUGUGCCUACGGCCUGGUACGCCGCGUGGAAAGCCAAGCCGUCCGCAGCAGGCCCGAUAGAUCUUCGGCCCCUAGUCCAGGAUGCCAGUGGGUCCCUGCGUGCGGACCUGCUGGAAGGACAGGACUACGAACUCCUUCCCCGUGCCGCCUGGGAUGCUCUGGCGUCCCGGCACACGGUGCAAGGCACGCCGUUGGCCCGAGCUGUCGUGCCAGGCGCGGCCGAUGGCCAUACGCGCAUUGAGCUCUUCCCACCCAGUAUUGAGUUGGCGCGUAUCGGUGCUUCGGCGGCUACACCGCGAUCGACCCUGCCACGUGUGACGCUGUCGUCCAGUGCGACGCUGCGGACCCUCAAAGCGCAUGUACGUGCGCUGGGCGUAUGUGCGCAUGUCGAUGAGGACCUACGAUUCCUACGUGUGCCUGUAUCGCUUCGAGGCGUGGCGCUGACGAACGAUGGCAGCCUGCCGAUCCCGUCCCUUCUCGCGCUGAACCCUGCGCCAGAGAUCGUGCAGGGCAACGACGCCCUGACGUUGGCCUCGCAGGAUCUCGAUGCACCGCAGAUGCUGUUGGCCGUCGAUAUACGGAAAGAUGGGCGCUGGGGAUGGGGCGAGGCGGUGUCCACAGGGCCCAUGACACGCAGUCGGACGCAGGCGAGGGCGGGUAGCGCAGGGAAGCCACGCGGCCUGCGUGGCCUAGCGAAUUUGGGGAAUACGUGUUUUAUGAACAGUGCGCUGCAGUGCCUGAGCAACACGGAAGAGCUUCAGCAGUACUUUUUGCGGGGCGCCCAGUACAAAGAGCUCAAUACGGACAACCCGCUGGGGAUGGGCGGCGCGUUGGCCGCCGCGUAUGGCCGCCUCGUCCAGUCGCUGUGGAAUGGGAGCCAAGGCGCUGUCAUCCCACGUGAAUUCAAGACGGCGCUGGCCCGCUUUGCGCCGCAGUUCACAGGGUAUGCACAGCAGGACACCCAGGAACUCUUGGCGUUCUUGCUCGAUGGACUGCAUGAAGACUUGAACCGCAUCGUCAAAAAACCCUACAUUGAGUCGCCCGAUUGGGAAGGCGGAAGCGAGGCGGAUAUGGUCCGGUUCGCACAGAAGCAGUGGGAUAUGUACAAGGCGCGCAACGAUUCAGUGAUUGUCGACUUGUUCCAGGGCCAGUACCGCAGCACACUCGUGUGCCCCGUGUGCGCCAAAGUGUCCAUCAAGUUUGAUCCGUUCAUGUACCUCACGUUGCCGAUUCCUAACACGCGCCAAUGGCGUGGCCGUGUGUACGUGGUACCGCACGAGGCCCACCGCCCGCUCGUCCAGGUCGACGUGCAGCUGCCUGCCACAGCGACCAUUGCGCAUUUGCGCGACCAUGUGGCGGCCUUGGUCGACGUGGACCCCGCGCGUUUGUUGGUCGGCGAGGCUUGGUCGCACCAUGUGUACCGCUGGCUCGAUCAGUACGAGCCUGUGCGCGACAUCGGGACGGGCGACUACAUGUACCUGUGGGACACUGGCGAGCCAUGGACGAUGCCCAAAGCGCUCAAGCCGCGCACGUCGCGGUUCGCCCUGUUUAGCCGCGCAGAGCGGACCAUCGCCGACAUCGAGAAAACCUACGCGCCCCCUACGAUCGGCGAGUCUGUGUCGCUCCCCGUAUACUCGUGCAAGGAAGAUGGAGCGGGGCGGUUCGGCAGCUACCGUCGCACAUUGGGCGAACCGUUUGGACUGCCGUUCUUUGUGACCAUUCCACGCAGCAAGCUGCACGAUACCACGUUCAUCUACGAUGCGGUGCUUACGCAGUACACACGCUUCAGCACCGAGGCUAGUCGCGAGGCCCUGCUCGCCAAGUGGGCGCACGUACGUGCCACGGCGCCCCCCGAUGCCGCCACACAGGGCGAGGCAGAGGCGACGCCCGCAUCCCAUGCCACGGCCGCGUACCCAUUCGCGCUCCGAUUUGCCGCGCCUAGCGCCGAUGAGGCCCUGCAUCGCGGCGACGACGCGACAGACCAAACCUCCGAGCUGCUCACCACGCGGCUAGCGCGGGAUCCGAUCGCUACGUGGCCCGCCUUGUACAAUGGAGGAGCGCUGUAUGCCAUGUGGGAAACGGCCGUGGCCGAUGCGCUCUUCCAGCCCGUGCUGGCGAACCAGUCGUGGGGCCCGGUAGAAGAGAAGCAGGACGCUGCCUUCCAGCGUGGCACGGCGAUGCUCGCGGAGCAUCGGCGGCAGUCGCCACGACUGCGCUUGGAGGACUGCUUGGAUGAAUUUACCAAGGCAGAGCAGCUGGGCGAGGACGAUUUGUGGUACUGCCCGUCGUGCAAGGAGUUCCGACAGGCGACGAAGAAGUUUGAUCUCUGGAAAGUGCCAGACAUCCUUGUCGUGCAUCUCAAGCGGUUCAGUGCAGGCCGUGUCUCGCGCGAUAAGCUGGACAAUCUGAUCGACUUCCCCCUCGAAGCCCUGGAUCUGAGCGACCGCGUGGUCGGCACGCGGAUCAUGAAAGAGCAGGGACUCGCACCAUCCCCAGCGGAAACGCACAUCAGCGAUACCAUCACAUUGAAGCAUGACGUCCACGACGACGAAGUCGAGGCGGAUGCCCCGAUCUACGAUUUAUAUGCCGUCGACAAUCACUUUGGCGGCCUCGGCGGUGGACACUACACGGCCUUUGCGAAGAACCCUAUGGACGGACACUGGUACAACUACGACGACUCCAGCGUACGCCCUGUCUCGGAUCCACAGGCGGUGAAGAGCUCAGCAGCGUACCUGCUCUUCUAUCGACGUCGUACCUCGCGUCCACUGGGUGGAAAGUCGCGGGAUUUGAUGGAUUCUCUGCCGCACGUACAGACGUCGUCCACGCCGACAUUGUCUGCGCCGACACACGCCCAGGACGAAGACCCUAUGUACUCAUCCAGCUCCGAAGAGGACGAGGAGGCCAUAGCCGCACCCCCCGUAGCCCUCUUGUAA